CGCGAGCCAAUGGGGCCGUGAGGUUGGGCGCGCCGCAGCGCUGGGACAGCAGGUUGAGGCGGCGCUGGAGCGCCUACGUCCCGGAGGCCAGCGGGCGCCCAGGACAGGGAUGGUCUUGGAGCUUGUGGUCAUGGAGCUGAAGGUGUGGGUGGAUGGCAUCCAGCGGGUGGUCUGUGGGGUCUCAGAACAGACCACCUGCCAAGAAGUGGUCAUCGCGCUAGCUCAAGCCAUAGGCCAGACAGGCCGCUUUGUCCUUGUGCAGCGUCUUAGGGAGAAGGAACGGCAGCUGCUGCCACAGGAGUGUCCAGUAGGAGCCCAGGCCACCUGUGGACAGUUUGCCAGUGAUGUCCAGUUUGUCCUGAGGCGGACAGGGCCCAGCCUGUCUGCAAGGCCCUCCUCUGACAACUGUCCACCCCCGGAACGAUGCCCAGUUCGGGCCAGCCUCCCCCCGAAGCCAUGGGCAGCACCAGGCCGUGAGCCACACAAAGCACUGACCUUCAACCUAGGAUGUCCCAAGCUGGUCCCCAACCCCUCGAUCCCUGAGCCUGCAGCUCUGGGAGGAGCCACGCCAGACUGCUUUGCAGACCUGCAGGGCCUAGAACUCAGGAUAGAGAGGAAUGCUGAGGAGUUGGGCCAUGAGGCCUUCUGGGAGCAGGAGCUGCGAAGAGAACAAGCCAGGGAGCGCGAGGGACAAGCACGCCUCCAAGCACUGAGCGCAGCUACUGCCGAGCACGCUGCCCGGCUGGAGGCCCUGGAUGCCCAAGCCUGUGCCCUGGAGGCAGAGCUUCGGCUGGCUGCUGAGGCCCCUGGCCCUCCUUCAGCUACCGCAUCUGCUACGGAGCGCCUACGCCAGGACCUGGCCAUCCAGGAGCGGCAUAGUAUGGAGAUGCAAGGCACCUUGGCCCUGGUGAGCCGGGCUCUGGAGGCUGCCGAGCACGCUCUGCAGGCUCAGGCUCAGGAGCUGGAGGAGCUGAACAGGGAACUCCGACAGUGCAACCUGCAACAGUUCAUCCAGCAGACGGGGGCCGCCUUGCCACCACCUCCUCCACAGCUGGACAGAGCCGUCCCCGGCACACAGGACCUUCUGCCUCCAGCCAGAGAGGAGCCCCCAGGGAGUCCCCCAGAGCCAUAUCCUAGUGCCCAGCCUGAGUCCCGAGGUUCCCCCCAUGAGGCAGAGCUCCUGGAGGUAGCAGUUCCUGCUCAAGUAGGGGACGCUGAGGACAGAUGAGCCAGCACAGCUGGAAUGAGCCACCUGGACAAUGGGAGAGUAUGAUCACGAGAUUCUUUCCCUAAAGUGGGGAAGGCUACAGUGUCCCGGGGUGUCUGCUUCAGGGGGCGGGAGUGCUAGUGACAUGUUGUCCUGGUCUUAUUCAAGUCUCCCAAGGCCCCUGAAGAAGCAAUGGGCACAGUUCAGAGCUUACCAGGCCCCAAAGGCCACUACUUAUCGGAGGAGUGAGAAGUGUGGACAAUGCAUUCAUCCUAUGGGUGUGUGCCUGCUGUUCACUCCACAGAAUGCGUGCUGCCUUCCUUGCCCUGACACACCUCAAUAAACUAACUACCUUUCAAAGGUGCUUAA